AUGGGGCUGCUGGAGGUGCUCUUCCCCUCCAUCUCAGAAGACUUUCCGAAUCCCAACACCAAACUGCUCCCGUCAUGCUUGGAGCUCAGCAAGGAGAAGCGCGUGGUGAUCGUAGGUGGUGGACCUGCUGGUGUUCACAUGUCAGCCUGUUUGGCGACCAAGGGCUUCAAACAGGUCACCCUCUUGGAGGCUGAGGCGGAGGUGGGCGGCAAAUCGCUCACUGUUAUCGAUCCCUCCCAGCCGGAUGUGCCACACGAGCUGGGCACGUGCUACUUGUCUCCAAGUUACGAGCUCAUCCGGAAGCUUCUGAAAGAAUACGACCCGACGAAUGAGGAGAACACUUUCGGCCGGAUGGUCUUUGGAAUGAUCAGAUGA